AUGGCUCUCGACAGCGGCCUACCGGCCCUCCUAUUUGAUGCUCCAAGUGACCACAAAAUGCUCCGUCAUAGGUCGCAUCCGCCGUACCAAAUGAUGAAUGGCAGUCCUUUCAGGAGCAUAUGGAAUGAACCUCUGACAAGAAAGCAAGUCUUACAAUUCAUAGCUCAUGUCAUCAAGAGGACUGGGGCAUGCCAAAGCCCGCGUACUUCGACAUUUGACAGCCAAAAUUAUCUGGUACGGAACCUCAAGAGACUUUGCGUGCGAAUGGAGAAGUCAGCUAAUUCGAGACAGACACAAUACCUCCUCAUCAGCCCUCCUGUCACGUCAGAUGCCUUGAAACUCCCAAAGCUAAGCAUAAAGAAGGUUUUCUCGAAAAGAACUUCUUCUCUUCCUCCGAGAAGUAGAAGUAGAGCUACACCGGAUGGCGACGUCAGUAGAUGGGAUGGUCGACGGGAUAAAGUAGAACCGAACGCGGGUCACAUCAGCUUCGUGCCCUUAUUGACAGGCGAUGGACUCGAAACUGCCAACGAAAGACCGAUGAUAGAGUCUGAUCCGGAGAUGAACAAAGUAGCGAAUAUCAAGCGCCCAGAGACAUCAACAAUUGGUUCCCCUAUAUAUCCAAACUAUAUCCUCCUUGGCCGUCGUCGUUGGAUGGACAGGAGUUGGAUAUGGAUGGAACUUGAAAGCACCAGGUUUGAAUCUGACCGAGAGUUUUUCAAGGCAUUGCAGCAGUCACGUCUGAAAAAAGGGUGUGGUAUUACUCCCAUCCAAUUGGUCCACCAAUCUGUGCGAGAAUACUUAACCAACGUAGUAUCGAUAAAUUAUGUCAAGGUCGCCAUCGUAAGUGUCACCAAUCAUGAACAAAUCCGAGUUGUAGAAUCACCCAGCCUUCCACCAGAAGAAGAGAGAGGGAACUAUCUACCGUGUGGACGAGACUUCACUUUUCUGCCUCCGAUCAGUCCUCACAGCCUAGCGCAUUAUUACAACAAUCCAAACUGUACGACGGAGACAAGAAGAUUGUUGGACAGAAUACCUAAGAAACUCUCUUCUCCCAUCAUGCCAGGUCGCCAAUCUUUGUCAUCGGAAAGAUCGGUCGCAUGGGGUAUCGAAACCUACGAGGAGUUGCGCACUGGACCUGUGAUCUGUGCUGCUAUAUCAACCUGGGUUGCAACGUCAACGUUGCUGGUAGGGCUGAAGUUUGAAAGAAAUUCUCUCGAUUCCUAUAUUUUUGCCCUGGCUGAAGUUGCAAUAAUUUUAUCGACUUUUGCAUUGGCUGGGUGGAUCUGGAAACUCCUAUAUGACAGGAGAGUAAAGCUGGCGAGAGAGCUGAGGCUCCUGAUUAGUAGAUUCACAGCUAAGUCUACAAAAUCUGUCAGCAGAUCUUGGAUAUGUGGGGCGUGUGGCAAUUUGGUCACUGGUUCAACAGACGAGGAUGUUGAGCAUGCAGGCUCAAUCGGGCUAAACAGCAUCCAAGCGCAGGUGCCAGUGACAUGGGGUCCAACUGAGCCUAUCUACUACUCUGGAGAUCAGCAUGGGUUCAAAGGUGGAACACUUUCAUUGCCUCCACCAGCUACGCACAGUGCUAGCGGAAGGCAAGGGCUUGGGACGAAAGGCGGAGACCGAACAGCGCAAGGAAUCAAUAUGGCGCGUGUCACAAACACUGUUCAGCAACGGCCAAGAAUAAAACCACCGAAGGCUUGUGCAAGAUUUCUCAUCUGUGCCAAUACAGGCUCAGACAACCUGCCUCGCUUCCACGAGAAGCUGAUCUCUCGCACACUCAAUGACGAGAAAUUUUUCGAAUACCUAAAGAGCUUGAAGCGUUCUAAAAAGAGCCUUUUCAAGCCCUCGAAAUGGUUCACUGGAGUCGUUGCCAUCAAUUAUGUGGCGAUUGAAGUGCUCGACGAUGGUCAUGUCUCUCUGCUGGAACGGCCUGGAUACGCCCCCCUUCACGUGCAAAAGACUACUACCCUUGCAAAGAACGCCAGAACAUCAACGGCUUCUCGACUUUAG